GUACAGGGGAAGAAGACCUCAGACGCACCGCUCUUUGAAUCAAACAUGGAUGCACUCACUAAGAUUAGCAGUUUUCUCAUUAAAUAUGGCAAAUAAACAUGUAGUGGAGGUUUACAGAGGGAUAACCUAACUCAAUAUGUGUUACUCUGAGAAAUCUACACUUUAAGCUAGAUUAACCGGGAUUUUCAAAGUUUAACUCCAAUAAACAAAUUCAAGAUGAACUUCAUAGAGGAAGAAGAUGCACCCAAAAAAGCUAAAGCCCCUUGUGCAGACCUGACCACCAGUGAGAAGGUGGUGGAACUUCUAAAUCAAGCAGCACUUAUCCCCACAGAUGAAAAACUCACUGUGCUCAAACAGGUCCAAGAGCUUAUCAUCAACAAGGACCCAUCUCUCCUUGAUAAUUUUCUUGAUGAGAUGAUUGCAUUUCAAACUGACAAAUCCAUAGAAGUUAGGAAGUUUGUCAUUGGGUUCAUUGAAGAAGCAUGUAAAAGAGACAAUGAGCUCCUCCUCAGGCUAAUCGCUAACCUGAACAUGCUGCUGAGAGAUGAGAGUGUGAAUGUGAUAAAGAAGGGCAUCCUCACACUCACACAACUCUACAAGGUCUCUCUACAGUGGCUGGUGCGGACUAAAGUGAUUUCAGAGAUGCAGGAGGCAUGUUGGGAUAUGCUCACUAACAUGAAGGGAGAGGUCCUGGAGUUACUGGACUCUGAAAACGAUGGCGUCAGAACUCAUGCCAUUAAAUUCACUGAGGCUUUGAUCAUUGCACUGUCUCCACGGACACAAGACUCAGAGGUCCCAAAGAGACAAGAGAAUGACAUCAGUCUGGACAAAGUACCAAAAGACCACUCCUACAUCCGCUACGAUACUUUGUGUGAAGAGGGGAAAACGGCUCUGGAGAAGCUGCUGAAGUUUAUGGUGCAUCCGGCCAUCUCCAGCAUCAACCUGACCACAGCUCUGGGCUCGCUGGCCACAAUCGCCCGACAGAGACCCAUGUUCAUGUCCGAGGUGGUGCAGGCCUACGAGACGCUGCACGCAAACUUGCCGCCCACUCUGGCCAAGUCUCAGGUGAGCAGUGUGCGUAAGAACCUAAAGCUCCACCUGGUGGCCGUUCUGAAGCACCCGUGCAGUCUGGAGUUCCACGGUCAGAUCAGCACCCUGCUUCAGGACCUGGGGAUGCCUCAGAGCGAGAUCGCCCGCUCCACCCCCGCCCUCCGCGAACAACGCAAACGACCGCGACACGAGCAGUACACAGAGGGCAAGAAGGUCAAGAUCGAGCCAGCCCUCAUAGAUGAAGAUGAGGACAAGGAGGAGCCUGCCCCCCCUGUGCCCAAACCUGCCCCGGUCCCAGUGGGUCUGUCAGCCAUCGACCUCACAGCAGAGUUCUUGCGCCCCCUACUGACCCCUGAGAACGUCGCCAACCUGGUGCUCAUCAGUAUGGUGUACCUGCCCGACGUGAUGCCCGCCUCGUUCCAGUCCACGUACACCCCCGUAGAGUCCGCAGGCACCGACGCUCAGAUCAAACACUUGGCCCGACUCCUGUCCACUCAGAUGACCGCAGCAGGGAUUGGUCCAGGUUUGGAACAGUCCAAAAACAAAGAGGCGUCGGAGGAGGAGGGCAGCAGCAAAGACCCUCUGAUCAAACGCAAAUCUCAGAUGGUGGUGCAGAACAUUUCUGUGGUGGGUGGGCACACGGAGAAGACCCCAGAGAUCCCAGUGAUGAAGAGGCUCCCUGAACCCAUCCUGCCCACCGCUCAGCCCAAAAUGCCAGGUGCGAGUGGGAGGAAGAAGGUUUUCCGUUUGUCUGAUGUGAUUCAGCCUCUGACCGACUCUCAGCUCGAAAACCUGUCGUCUAAAGCCGUCAAACGCGUCCUGCACUCGGAGAAGUCCAUCGCACAGAGCGGCAUGGCCCAGGUCAGAGUGAAGCUCUUGUCCCGUUUAGUGACUCAGUUCGAGGGCAUGAUGAAGGGGGACGUGCUGGAGUUUAUCCUGGAGGACAUUCGGACCCGGAGCGACUUGGCGUUUUCCCUGCUCUAUCAGGAAUACACCACAUAUUUAAGUCAGAUGCCCUCCGGCCUGCUCGACAGCUACGAUCACUGUCUGUACACGCUGCUGUCCGGGCUGCAGGAGAAACCGGAGCAGAGGGACGGACUUUUCACCAAACUGGUUUUAGAAGCUCCAGUUAUUACAGAUUCUGCUUUGGAAGUCAUACGGCGAUACUGUGAGGACGAGUCUCGAGUUUAUUUGGGAAUGACCACUCUAAAGGAACUCAUUUUCAACCGCCCGUCUCGGCAGUUUCAGUAUCUUCAUGUGCUUCUGGACCUGAGCUCACAUGAAAAGGAAAAAGUGCGGACGACAGCUUUGAGUUUCCUGAAGAGAAUGUAUGAAAAGGAGCAUUUGAGAGACUACAUUGAGAAGUUUGCGUUGAACUACAUGCAGCUACUGGUUCAUCCCAAUCCACCGUCUCUGCUGUUUGGGGCCGACAAAGACACAGAGGUGGCUGCUCCCUGGACGGAGGAGACGGUUCGUCAGUGUCUGUUUCUGUAUCUGUCUCUUCUUCCUCUGAACCAUCGUCUGGUUCAUGAGCUCGCUGCCGUUUACACCGAGGCCAUCGCCGACAUCAAACGCAGCGUGCUCAGAGCCAUAGAGCAGCCGAUCCGGGGCAUGGGCAUGAACUCGCCUGAUUUGUUGUUAUUGGUUGAAAAUUGCCCAAAAGGAGCUGAGACACUUGUGACUCGCUGCCUCCAUAUUCUGACUGACAAAGUUCCGCCGUCUCCAGAGCUGGUGGAGCGGGUGCGUGAUCUUUACCACAAGAGGGUGCCAGAUGUGCGCUUCCUGAUCCCAGUUAUUAACGGAUUAGAAAAGAGUGAAGUUAUCCAGGCCCUUCCCAAGUUAAUCAAACUCAACCCUAUUGUAGUGAAAGAAGUAUUCAACCGGUUAUUGGGCACACAGCACAGUGAGGGCACUUCAUCUGUUUCUCCUCUCACUCCUGGAGACCUGCUCAUCGCUUUACACAACAUCGACUCCACCAAAUGUGACAUGAAAUCUAUAAUAAAAGCCACCAACCUGUGUUUUGGAGAGAAGAACGUUUAUACCUCUGAGGUGUUGGCAGUGGUGAUGCAGCAGCUGAUGGAGCAGAACCCUCUCCCAAUGCUCCUCAUGAGAACUGUGAUCCAGUCCCUCACCAUGUAUCCCAGACUGGGCGGAUUCGUCAUGAACAUUUUAGCUAGACUCAUCGUUAAACAGGUGUGGAAGUACCCUAAAGUGUGGGAGGGUUUUGUGAAGUGCUGUCAGAGGACCAGACCUCAGUCCUACAGUGUUCUUCUGGCUCUUCCUCCGGCUCAGCUCAGCAGUGUGUUUGAGCGCUGUCCAGAGAUGAGAGACCCACUACUACAACACGUACAGCUAUUCACUCCUCACCAGCAAGCCCACAUUCCUACGUCCAUCAUGACCAUUCUGGAGGCGCAUAAGAAACCAGAGCCCAAACCUGUGGAGCCUGAGAAAGAGACUGAACCAGUUCCUAAACCUGCCACAGCAGAGCCCGCCUCUGCCUCAGCGCCCGAAUCUGAACAAAACGAACGUCAUGGUGAAGAAGAGGAGCCCAUGGAGCAGGAGACUGUGAAUACAGCUUCACAGAUGGAGACUGCAGCAGCUCAGGAGACGUCUUCUCCUACCCCAGAGACAGAGGAGCCGAUGGACGACACACAGCCUGAGCUCUCAGACCCUCAGCAGCAGGCGGAGCAGGACAGAGAGGACGGGAAUGGAAACGAACCUGAAGAUUAACAAAUUUAAUUAUAGUUUGAAAACAAAUGUUCAUGUUUUCUGUGAUGUUAGGAAUCGUUCAUUUUGUAUUAGGAAAGUGAGGAAUGAAAGAGGAACUGAAUCAUUCUUUUGUGUGCAGAUUUGUUAAUAAAAUAACAAACCGUG